AUGCAUAAUAUGGCAGUAACAGGUGUAAAUGUUACGUAUAUAUGCCUGUGUAUUAUCAUAAGCAAUAUAAUAUUGGUUAAUUGCGAUACCGUGUCGACCACUCGAACCAAACAAUUUAAACCAAAUAGGCACCUUGGCAAUUUGCGUCAGUCACCCAGAUCAAAAAUCAAUAAUACAGGCAACUGUGGCAAAGAGGCGUACAAGGAUUUAGACGAUCUGUUGGCACAAGUAAUCAGUAAUAAUGAAAGAUUCCCCGAAACCAUCAAAGAAUUACAGUUUAAUUGUCGGAAUCGGUCUCAUGUGUUGCCACAGAUAGAGGACUUGAAGAACCGAUGUAUGGAUGGAAUAUCCAAACGAGUGGUCGCUGUUGUUAUCUAUUCAGCGAAAAGGCAGCGGAAAGUGAUUUGUCGUAAAAAGCCUAACAAACGUAUGCUAGAGGUGGUCGGCGCCGGCAAAUGUCUCAACUCGUUCAGACCCGACGCCCUCAAGUGCGUGGAGGAGGCCAUCGAUCACGCGUGUUUACUACUGAACGUAAAGCUGACCAAAGAGUGCACCGAAGAGCACGUAUCACUUGGGUUACGCCAGUCGGAGCAGGUGACCAACGGACCCAUGAAUAUGGCCUGCGGUGACUAUAAUGAGGAAAGUGACAAAUGUGACAAAAUUGACAUUCCCACGAGAAUGAGCGAUCAACCCCGGCCCAAAAUUAGACCAACCCUGGUUGGUUUCGUGUCUAUCCUUGGGCAAACCAGUGAUGAUGAUGAAGACACCCCCACCCCCUCCAAGUCUAUACUUAAUUCACCAUGCAACAAGAAUACGCUGAAACGAGUAGAUGAAUUUUUAGCCAAAGUGACCACUUAUGGCAACUCUGGCCGCAAAUUCCCCGAAAAUACUGAUCAAUUGCCCAAAUAUUGCAAUGAGAGUAAGACCCUGGUGGAAAAUAUUGAAUCGCUAAAUAAACGCUGUAUCGAUGGGUUGGCCAAACGUGUGCUCACAGUCAGCAUAUUUACCGUAAAAAACGUGAUCAAACAGUUGUGUCGCAAGAAUAAUAAACUUUUGCCCGAGUAUUUUGAAGCUGCUAAAUGUAUUAAUACUGUUCAGGGCAAGGUGGGAAAGUGUUUCAGCAAGAGUAUUGAUCAUUUACUUGGCAUGCAAUUUGCCAUCGAGAAUAAGAAAAUACCCAUGGCAUAUUUUACUACA